CGAGGGCGCAGAAGAAGGAGGAGCUCGGAGCCGUCGGGCCCUGCGGAACCAGUUUUAGGGCAGCCGGCAGUGCCCGAGGAACGUCACACAGGUCCCACCCGGGAGGUGCAGGGUGUCAGCUUGUGCUUGGUCCUCAGCUUGCCUCCUGUUCCCUCCAUCACUGCGGGCUUCGGCGGGUGGUGCGUCCUGCCUACUCUUGACUGAGCACUUUGGGCUUCCCAGGCAGCGGCAGCAACCGGCUAGACGGCCAUGGGGAAGCACUACUUCUGUGACUACUGCAGCCGCUCCUUCCAGGACAACCUCCACAACCGCAAGAAGCACCUGAAUGGGCUGCAGCACCUCAAGGCCAAGAAGGUCUGGUAUGACAUGUUUCGAGAUGCAGCUGCCAUCUUGCUAGAUGAACAGAACAAGAGGCCGUGCAGGAAGUUUCUACUGACAGGCCAGUGUGACUUCGGCUCCAACUGCAGAUUUUCCCACAUGUCAGAGAGAGACCUCCAGGAGCUAAGCAUCCAGGUGGAGGAGGAGAGGCGGGCCAGGGAGUGGCCACUAGAUGUUGUCGAGCUCCCUGAGGGCCAUCUGGAAGACUGGUUGGAAAAGAGAGCCAAGCGGCUGAGCUCAGCUCCAAGCAGCAGGGCCGAACCCAUGAGAACCACCAUCUUCCAGUACCCCAUAGGCUGGCCACCAGUCCAGGAGCUGCCUCCAUCCCUGCGGGCACCCCCACCCGGGGGGUGGCCCCUGCAGCCCAGCGUCCAGUGGGGCUGAGCCCCUCAUCCCCACCUGACCCCCAUCUGGUCAGCCUUCGUGUCAGUCACAGUAAAGAUACGGGCUCCUACUGGGGACGCCGAGGCCCCCGCCUGCUGCCUCCUGGAGAGCUUCUGAAGCCGUCGGCUCAGCCUGGCUGGACGGAGGCGCCAGAACCGCCCUACCAGGUGCAGCCCUGAUCCUAGCUCUACUCCAGGCAGCUCCACCCUCCCACCCUCAUGGGACAUCCUGAGAAGAUGGGUGAGAAAACUGCCUUCUGGAUGUUUAUAAAGAAAGUCUGUCACCAC